GUGUAGAAAGAGGGAGAGGACUACCCUUCUGUAUAAAAGCAGCUCUCUUCUCCGAUUCUGAGGGUUAACCAAAACACACACACAAACGAGAACCCUUUUUCUCUCUACUCUCUUGGCUUUGGGCCUCAUUCUCGUACACAUAAACCCUUUACUCUCUUUCUUGAUUUUCAAUUUACUUUGAUGUUUAUGAAUCCCUUGUUUAUCUCUACACAACCAGUAUAAAGGAGUGUAGAGGAGUAGAAGAGGAGUGGCUGUGAAAUCUUAUGGCGGGUACCCUAAGAUCGAGCUUGCCGUCGAGGUUACGGCAACUUUUAUCCGGUGAAGGACCUAUCGGUCCGAAUGUUAAACUUGACUCUGAGACUCCUCCAAAAGUGAAAGCAUUCAUUGACAAGGUGAUUCAGUGUCCAUUGCAAGACAUAGCAAUCCCUCUCUCUGGUUUUCACUGGGAGUAUGGCAAGGGAAAUUUUCAUCAUUGGAGGCCUCUGUUUAUGCAUUUUGAUACAUACUUCAAGACAUACUUGUCUAGCAGGAAGGACCUACUUUUGGCAGAUACUCUAGAAGAUGAUACUCCUUUCCCUAAGCAAUCGGUUCUCCACAUCCUGCGUGUGAUGCACAUAAUUUUAGAAAAUUGUCACAACAAAAGUUCCUUCGAUGGUUUAGAGCAUUUCAAGCUCUUGCUUGCGUCAACAGACCCUGAUAUUCUCAUUGGAACCUUGGAGACUCUUUCAGCAUUAGUGAAAAUAAAUCCCUCAAAACUUCAUGCAAGUGGGAAGCUGGUAGGAUGUGGUUCAAUAAACAGUUGUCUUUUGUCAUUAGCACAAGGAUGGGGAAGCAAGGAAGAGGGUUUGGGACUGUAUUCAUGUGUUAUGUUAAAUGAAAGAACCCAAGAUGAAGGUCUAAGCUUGUUCCCAUCAGAUGUACAAACUGAAAGUGACAAUUCUCAGAACCGUGUGGGUUCUACCCUCUACUUUGAGUUGCAUGGUACAAAUAMCCCAAGUACAGGUGAUSGUGGUGACAUGAUCACUUCUACCAGCACGAGCAUUAUUCACAUUCCUAAUCUUCACUUGCAUAAGGAGGAUGACAUAUCUUUGAUGAAGAUGUUGAUUGAGCAGUACAUCAUACCUCCUGAGCAUAGGUUCUCGUUGCUGAGUAGGGUUAGAUAUGCUCAUGCCUUCCGMUCUUCUAGAAUAUGCAGGCUGUACAGCAAGAUAUGCCUUCUUGCCUUCAUCGUCCUUGUUCAAUCAAGUGAUUCUCAUGAUGAACUGGUGUCUUUUUUUGCUAAUGAGCCAGAAUAUACAAACGAGUUAAUAAGACUAGUGAAAUCUGAAGACACUAUACCUGGAACAAUUCGUACACUUGCAAUGCAUGCUCUUGGAUCCCAGCUAGCGGCAUAUUCAUCAUCUCAUGAGAGGGCACGCAUUUUGAGUGGGUCAAGCAUCAGCUUUGCUGGGGGGAAUCGCAUGAUYCUCCUUAAUGUGCUGCAAAGGGCGAUUUCUUCUUUAAAUAACUCCAGCGACCCAUCAUCUAUUGCUUUUGUUGAAGCACUUCUCCAGUUCUAUUUGCUUCAUGUGAUAUCCACRUCAAGUUCUGGGAGUGUUAUACGGGGAUCGGGAAUGGUCCCAACAUUUUUACCUCUUUUAGAGGACUCAGAUCCUUCACAYAUGCAUCUUGUCUGUUUAGCAGUGAAGACUCUGCAAAAGCUGAUGGACUACAGCAAUUCAGCCGUCACUCUCUUUAAAGACUUGGGAGGAGUAGAGCUUUUAACUAACAGACUGCAGAUAGAAGUAGUUAGGGUGAUUGGUUCAGAAAUAGGAGAUGAUAGUUCAAUGAGCAUUGGGGAGUCCUCAAGCACUAAUGUUGAUUGGCUUUAUUCACAGAAGCGGCUCAUCAGGGUUUUGUUGAAGGCACUUGGUUCUGCUACUUAUGCUCCAGCAAAUUCAACAAGACCUCAGGGUGCUCAUGAUGUUUCUUUGCCUGCCACUCUCUCAAUGAUCUUUGAGAAUGUGGAUAAGUUUGGAGGUGAUAUAUAUUCUGCAGCUGUUACUGUUAUGAGUGAAAUGAUUCAUAAAGACCCCACUUGUUAUGGUGUGUUGGAGGAAUUGGGUCUUCCUGAUGCGUUUCUAGAGUCGGUGAAAGCUGGAAUUCUGCCUUCUUCGAAAGCUCUUACAUGUGUUCCUAAUGGUAUUGGGGCUAUUUGUCUCAACACCAAGGGCCUAGAGGCAGUCAGAGAAGGUUCAGCUUUAAGGUUUCUGGUUGAUAUUUUCACUGCUAAGAAAUAUGUACUUGCAAUGAAUGAUGGAAUUGUGCCUUUGGCAAAUGCUGUUGAGGAGCUUUUGCGUCAUGUCUCUCCAUUGAGAGGUACUGGUGUAGAUAUGAUUAUUGAGAUCGUUAAUAAAAUCGCUUCAAUAGAGGACUGCAAGGGUAGAGGACAAUUGGGAAAAGUUAAUGAGAGCAAUGCUAUGGAUAUGGACAUCGAAGACAAGGAAAAUGUAGGUCMAUGUCUAGUUGUUGCCUCAGAUUCAGCCUCAGAAGGAAUUGGUGAUGAACAGUUUAUCCAGUUAUGCAUCUUUCAUGUGAUGGUGUUAGUACACCGAACAAUGGAGAAUGCUGAAACAUGCCGAUUGUUUGUUGAGAAGGUAGGAAUUGAAGCAUUGCURAAGCUUUUGUUACGACCAAGUAUAACCCAGUCAUCAGAAGGGAUGUCCAUUGCUCUGCAUAGCACCAUGGUUUUUAAGAGUUUCACUCAACAUCACUCUGCUCCUUUAGCACGUGCUUUCUGUUCUGCUCUCCGGGAUUAUCUGAAGACAACUUUGAUGGGAUUCAGUGCUCUUUCGGGAUCCUUUCUGCUAGAUCCCAGAGUUACUCCUGAUGCUGGAGUUUUUCCCUCACUUUUCCUUGUUGAAUUUCUUUUGUUUCUUGCUGCCUCGAAAGAUAAUCGAUGGGUUACCGCAUUGCUUCAAGAAUUUGGAAAUGAUAGCAAGGAUGUYCUGGAGGAUAUUGGGCGCACUCAUCGUGAGAUUUUAUGGCAGAUUGCACUAGUUGAAGAUGCCAAGUUUGAAAUUGAGGAUGGCAGUGCUGGUUCUGCURACGGAUCACGACACUUGGAGUCUAAUACUUCAGAAUYUGARGAGCAAAGRUUCAAUUCYUUUAGGCAAUUUCUUGAUCCUAUACCUAGGAGAAGGAUGUCAGGAUGGAGUUUUGAGUCRCAGUUUUUUGAUCUAAUUACUCUAUAUCGCGAUCUCACUCAUGCYUCUGGUCUUUCGCAACGACARAGCACKGAUGGUCCUUCAGCCCUACAUCUUGGAGGCAGUCACCAAUCACAACCAUCUGGGUCUUCAGAUGCUGCAGGUGCCAGURGUCCRAAGGAAGCUGACAAGCAAAGAUCAUAUUAUUCUUCUUGUUGUGAUAUGAUGCGGUCACUCUCUUUGCACAUUAUGCAUUUGUUUCAAGAGCUAGGGAAGGUGAUGUUGCUUCCUUCUCGAAGACGGGAUGACAUGGUGACAGUUACCCCURCUUCAAGAUYAGUGGCUUCUACAUUUGCUUCCAUCACUUUGGAUCAUAUGAACUUUGAAGGUCAUGUAAAGCCUUCUGGAUCAGUGGCAUCCUGGUCACCCAAGUGUCGCUACCUGGGUAAGGUUAUAGAUUUUAUUGAUGGCAUUCUACUGGAAAAGCCUGACASUUGUAACCCUGUCCUGUUGAAUUGUUUGUAUGGUCGUGGUGUACUUCAGUCAGUUUUGACUACGUUUGAGGCUACUAGUGA